GGCUCCAUUUUCUGCUUUUGCUCUCCAUUUUGUCAUUGCUGAGAGGGGGGAGAGCGAUUCAAUCAUACAACAAGAGCCUUUUAAAAAAAAAAAAAAACAGCAUUUAAUUUAGAGUUUAAUAUAACAAAAAACAACGAAAGCGGCCCAGCCUUGCUGAGCAGGACCUCAGAGACGCGGGGAGAGUAAGAGGAAUUGCCUUUCUGUGCGGAGAUCUUCAUUCAAGAGACGAGCCAUCGCAAGCAGAGCCGAGGUGUGAAGUGUUGACGGAAUGAGCGCGCCCUCCAAUCAGAAGGUUGUGCUGAAAAGCACCACCAAGAUGUCCUUGAACGAGCGCUUCACAAACAUGCUGAAGAACAGGCAGCCUCUGCCGGCGAGCGUCCGCGCCAGCAUGCAGGCGCACCACACGGCCAGCGCCCGCAACCGCAGGCUGGCACAGCAGAUGGAGAACCGGCCCUCCGUGCAGGCGGCGCUCAAACUCAAGCAGAGUCUGAAGCAGAGGCUGGGGAAGAGCAACAUCCAGGCGAGGCUGGGCAGGCCCGCCGGGGGCCUGCUGCGCGGGGGUCCAGGGGGCAGGGGCUUCCCCAUGGGGGGUCUGAGAGGAGUGACCAGGGCGGGCUUCAGAGGAAGAGGCAGGGGAGGGCCUGGCAGGGGUGCCCUGGCUCUCAGAGGUGAGUUUACACAAGGGCUAUUUAUUUAUUUAUUUAUUUAUUUAUUUAUUUUUUUUUCCCACAGAUUUUUCUCCUGGCCUCCUUUCUUUUUGUCUUUCUGCAGUAGUUAUUUUUGUAAACUCCUGUUUAUCGCUGUAUUGAAUGCCCUUCGUUUGCAUGCUGGUUGGUGGAACUUUUUAAUAUCGCCUCCUCCCGAACUCUCCCAAGGUUUAAGAAGCCCAAGCAAGCUUACAGUAAAGAAGGAAGAGGAAGCUGUCAGGGGAAGGAAGCUCCAGUAA